AUGAUCAUGAAAGCGGCUAUCUAUCAUCUCCCUGUCGUCGUACGAUGUCGAAUCCUACCAUUCACCGCCUUUUAUUCAAGCAGAAGGAACCUAUCGUCCACCCCAAAGGAUUCUACGACAGUUUACCGAGGAACAUUUUUCGAACAACGUUCGCUCUCCAUUCUUGAAAAACACCUGUCCAUGACAUUGACGCGUGUCGGCGGGAAGGAAGACGGUGGUGUUGACUUAAUUGGAUGGUGGUGGAUCCCUACUGUCGACUCAAACGUCGAAGAAGCCGUCGACUUCUCAGCCUGGAAACGUGUCAGAGUGGUUGCACAGUGCAAAGCCGAAAAGAAAAAGGUCGCGCCAAAGUAUGUGAGGGAAUUGGAGGGUGUGGUGUAUCGACAGAUGUAUCAGUCAAGCCAGGAAUUGAACACCCUUGACGUGGUGAAUAAGCCGACGAUAGUCGCACUUUUCAUUUCAGAAUCCCCUUUCUCGAAAUCUGCUCUCCUACGUGCGAUGUCCUCCACAGUUCCGUUUCUACUGGUGUACAUUCCUCCUUUACCUACGAAUGGUGAAUCAGAUUCAAGUUCGGGAGGGAUUGGGACGGUCGUGUGGAACCCCGCAUUGGGCGGCACCACCGGCUUGCUACAAGGGAGAAUGGAGGUUCGAUGGACACGUAGUACUACAAGUGGUACUGACUUCCCCACAAUGUGGUACGCCGGCCAGCUGGUUCCUUCUCUCAAACCUGGCGUGUAA